AUGGGUAUUACACGGGACUCGCGUCACAAGCGGUCAGCCACUGGUGCUCGCCACGCCUACUACCGCAAGAAGAGGGCCUUUGAGCUUGGUCGUCAGGCGGCUAACACCCGUCUUGGACCCAAGCGUAUUCACGAUGUGCGCGUGCGCGGCGGUAACAUUAAGCCGCGUGCUAUGCGCCUUGACAGCGGCAACUUUGCUUGGGGCUCAGAACACAUUACGGCGAAGACCCGUAUCCUGGGUGUUGUGUACAAUGCCUCGAACAACGAGCUUGUUCGUACUAACACGCUUGUGAAGGGUGCCGUUAUUCAGAUUGAUGCUACUCCAUUCCGCAUGGCGUAUGAGAAGCACUAUGGUCAGCCUGUGACGAAGCGCCGUGUGCCGGGCGCCGCCCCUAUGGAAGAGGUCAAGAGGAGCAACCAUGUGGAACGCAAGCUCGCGGAGCGCCGCAAGGACGGCAAGCUCGACCCACUUGUUGAGCAACAGUUCGCGGCUGGUCGCUUGUACGCUGUGAUUGCAAGCCGCCCUGGUCAGUCGGGCCGUGCUGACGGUUACAUUCUUGAGGGUUCGGAGCUCGAAUUCUACGUUCGUCGUCUCCGUUCGGCCAAGUCGAAGCACACCUAA